CUCCGACCUCCAUGUCCAUUGGGCUGACAGUCUGAGCCCAAUACAGUUGUUGUCCAAUUGCCACGGGUCGUUACCAAGCAGCUAAUGCGUUCCCUGAUCGUGGUGGGUGCGACUCUAGGAAAUCGGGACCGUCGAAGAUGCAAAAGCGACACGUUUGUUCCGGCAGCCAGCAGCUGUCCCUCCCGAUAAGCCUCCACAUCUCCCCACAUCCCUCCAUGCACUUCAAAAUUCAAAAACAAGUCACCUUCCACUUCUAUUUGUCUCCUCACUUCGCCCUCCAAUACCCCAGAGAAGUCAGGCACAGGGACAUAAACAUUCUAGAGUUUCAGUGAUGGGGGAUUGGGGACCGGUGAUUAUAGCGGUGGUGCUGUUCAUACUACUCAGCCCAGGGCUCCUGUUCCAGAUCCCGGGACGCCACCGGGUGGUCGAGUUCGGCAACAUGCAGACCAGCGGCGCCUCCAUCAUCGUCCACGCAGUCUUCUUCUUCGCCCUUAUCACCGUCUUCCUUGUUGUCAUCGGCGUCCACAUCUACACCGGCUAAGUGCUGCUAGCUAUAGUGAUCCGACGUUCUCUUCUCUUAUUAUUUGGACAGAAGGGUAUUGGUAUUUGGUUUGCGGUUCACGUUUCCCUUUCUCAUUAUCCUCCGUCACUGUCUGUACCAUUAGUAUAUACGGGUUCCUUGUCUUAUUGUCA